AUGGCUUAUGAAUUUCCAAAAGCCGAUGCAUUGCAAUGCAUCCCCGAAUUUAAUGGGUCUAAGGACGAGCUAGAGGCGUUCCUCUACCACGUUCAACAUUUCGCAGACGAGAUUCCCGAGAAUGAACCCCAGACUGCAUUAAUAUAUGUAGUUUUAUUAAAAUUAAAAGGCAAGGCUGCAGCAGCAUUGCCACGAAUUAGGGCAGUAACCUGGCCAGCAGUCAAGCGAAAUCUGAUAAAAGAAUUCGGGACUGUGCAGGCGAUAGAAGUUGUGAUAAAGCAAAUUGAGACGUUACGACAGGAGCCAAACGAAGAAUUUAACUCAUACAAAAGACGCGCUUCAGAUAUAAAAGAGUUAUUAGAUGUAUAUGAAGACGGUGGAGGUAACUCCGCCAUGGAAAAAAGUCUCCGAUUGCACUUCAUAGGAGGUUUAAGAAAUAAUCACUUGAAACAGAUGGCCCGUGGCAAGCGAAAUUUGAGCUUGGAUGGACUUAUAGAAUUUUUAGAAGAACAGUGCGAGGAAUGUGAGCAGCUCGCUGACAUAGAAAACAGAAUGCGUGGUCUCGAUUUACUCGAGCGGCAGCAAGGCGCGCAAGGAAGACGGUGGCCAUCUAGCCCGCCGAACAAUAACGCUCGCCAAAGAGAAAAUUCGAAUGGUAAUAGACCUUAUCAAAACAAUUUCAAUAGCCAGAACAAUAACAAUCAACGGCGAGACAAUAAUUUUCGCCGCGAAAAUGAUCAAGGGGCUAAUUACGCAACAAAUGCUCGCGAUAACGGUGGGCGACAAAAUUUUGAAAAUAAUGAGCGUUAUUGGAGACAAAAUUCAGAAAAUUAUCCAGGACCGCCACCGGCAAAUAGAAAUAACAGAAAUCAAAAUAGGGACAGCCCGAGGUAUGACAAUUACGACCAAAAUAAUCAGAGAAACAACAACUAUUCUCGAGAAAAUCAAAGACAAAAUAAUGGGUGGAACCGCAACACACGCGGGUCGCCACCAUGGAACGGGAUAGUUAACAAUCGCGCGUCACAGGAUUGGCGAUACGAGCCAGGGUACGCAUUAAAUCGGGAACAUAAUAAUAGCAACAAUGUGAAUGGUCCCAGAGCAGGAACAUCUGGUAGCAAUAAUUACCAUACUAACAGUCACGGCUACAAUGGCGGUUAUAAUCAGUCGGGCCAAUAUUAUAAUCAACACCAGCAACCAAAAAACUGA